AUGCCACCAGGACUAUCUGCUAGGCAGAUGGAUCCUGCUUCACCUCAACCACUUCAGCGCACCUCAGGCAGUGAUGAGUCGACAGCUGAUCCUAAGCGCGGAGGAUCGCACGCCAAAGACUCUUCACUGGAUGAAGUCCCUAAGUCGAUGUUCAUCGUCACACCGGUGGGUCUGAGCAAAGCCCAAGAGCUACCGACAGUCAUGCUGGUUGCAGAUGCCGGGAUUUUCGAUAACGGCAAGGUAUUGUACAAGUCGGGUUCAGAUCAACUGAAAAUUCACAUCAAACUUCGUCGGCACCUGCUAUAUCUGGUCAGUCAUCACUUGGCAGCAAAGGAUAUCGACGUCAUUACAUCGCUUGCUCCCGGAAAUGCCAGCGUGAAAAAGCGGCUCAGCGAUGUCGAAAGUAGAGCAGCGUCUUCAUUGAACGGCUCCAUUCUCACAAAGUUCAUUCUACCCAAAGCUAGCAAGAUCUACGAAGCCAAGCUUGCCGAAGACCCUCCGGUCGAUUUGCUCGACCUUGGAGCCAAAGAGCGACGAGACAUUUGGCAAAAGGAAUGGGAGAGUGACCCCAAGGCCUUGGUGUCAGACAUGUGGAAGCAUGUGGUUGAGUACGUCGAUCUGGACGCUAUCUUCGACUGCCCAGACAAUGCCCCGACGGCGAUCAAGAGUAAGAUGCAAGCAUGGUGGGAGUAUUUCAAGGAAUGCUUUUGCACAGCCAUGGACCAAGCUCUCUGCCACCGUAUCCGGGCCCGUAGACGUCCCGCCCAAGGCACCUCGGAAAGAACGGCGGACAUGGUGGCGUUCGAUCUAUGGAGGAAUAUGAAAAACAUGCAGAGCAAGCCCAGCGUACUGGACUACCAUCAACUACCCGUCACGGCUUAUGUCAGUUCGAGGAGCCUGUAUGAAAGAGUUACGGAGAAGAAGCAGGAAGAGAGCAGAAAGAGGCAGGCCAGUGAAGAGCCCGCUGGCACAAAGCGACUAAAGACCGAAUAA